CCAACUAGUUUUUCAUUCGUCACUGAGGAGACCUCUCCGACAGCCAAAACGCCCACGGCACCUGGCUUCCCGAACCCGACAUCUCUAAUCUCGCUUUCUGAGCAGAAUAGCUUUACUUCCUCAGGACUUGUGACUGUGCGGCCCUCGAUUGAGGAACAUCUCUUUGCAGCUCCCUCCUCUUCCACGUCCAUUAUCAAUGGCUCUCCGGCCACUGCCCAUAACACCACUUCACGUGUUUCAAUUCACCAGCAUUAUCAACCACUCCACUCUUCUCCCUCAUCCUUCAACUCCUCCUCGGCCUCUGGGGAGCACCUUGGCCGGUCGGGUGCUUACCUGUCUCCUACCGACUUUUUUGCAAACUCUUCGGUUUUGCCGACACUGGAGGCAGUGGGUCAUAUGCCGGCGGUGACGCUUGCGAUGACCGGGCUGGAUCUUUCAGACGCACCCACCAGAGAGCCUACCAACUGCACCACAGCUGUCGACGACUUCGGCUAUUCCGGUAGGGCAAGUUUGGCCUGA